CACAAUCCAGUUUUUGCUGUUUAGCCUUUCUCACUCCUUGUACUUUGUCUCACAGUUUCCCCUGGCUGCAGUGUUGUUCUUUGCUUCCUGGCGAGGUUAUUGUGUAGUAUUGGUUUGACGUGUGCUCUUACUGUGCUACCAUGUCAAUGUGGCUGUGGCAACUGGGGAGUGAAGUGUCCCCUGAAUUUUGGUCUUCGGGGAGUCGAAGACUGGUCCCAUGCUCCUGGGGAUCUCUCAGACCCAAGAGCUCUGGCAGGUGAAAACUCUUUGAACCCCGGCUGUGUUCACGACCAUGGAAAACUUCAUGGCACCGCUGAGCACCGUCAAUGAGCUUGCGCUUCAGCAGAGCAAGGCUAAGCUCCUCCAUGGCAAGCUGAGCGGUCCCUCCCGGCGCAAGCGGGAGUUCAUGCCAGAUGAGAAGAAGGACAACAUGUACUGGGAGAAAAGGCGCAAGAACAACGAGGCGGCCAAGCGCUCACGGGAGAAGAGGCGCCUCAAUGACUUCGCCAUGGAGAGCCAGCUGGCUGCUCUCAGCGAGGAGAAUGCCAUCCUCAGGACAGAGCUGCUGUCCCUGAAGCUGCGCUUUGGGCUCAUCAGCCCAGACACCAGCACCUACCAGGGUGACUCCCUUCAGGACUUCCUGGGGGUUUAUUUCAGAGGGCACAAAGCAGCCUCCCCACUCCUCGAGGCAGAGCCCUUUGCUGGGGAGUCCUGCUUCUUCACAAUGAAGAGCUUUGUGCCGACGGUGCUGGAGCCAGCUGACUUUUCCUGCAAAACCUUUGGCCCAUCCAGAAAUACCCUUGGCUGUGACUCAAAGUCAGCUCCCAUGGACACACGUGGCCUUCAGCAGCCGAAGAGGCUUGAUGCAUCCUUCAGAUCCACAGUUUGCUCUCCGUUUCUCAAUUACUGCUGCCCAGACAAAUACGCUUUCCACUUGCCUUUGUCAGGCAGUGCCUGCUUCUUGUGCCCUUCCCCCAUUCCAGCUGAGGUGAGCAAAGAAAGCAGCACAACUGCCUCAGAUGAAGAUGAUGAGCAACAAGUGCCCAAAACUUCUCCUCUACCCCCAUGCGGCCUGCCCUGCCCUUCAGAAGACCAUUUGAAGGGCCGAAGCUAUGCUGCCCUACCUCACAAGCUCCGGAUUAAGACCAAAGCCCUCAGCAGCCUGGAGGAGAGUGGCCUGGACUCCCACUGA